GCCCGGGCUGUCCCCUCAGCGCGCCUGCGGACUGGGGCUCGAUUCAUCCCCUCCCUCCGCCUCUCUUCAGCGCGUCUCAGUUUCGCCACCAUUUUGUGCUGCAGUGGCGGCUGCUUGUUGCUGUUUUUAUCGUGCCUAGCUCGGUGCGUGCGAGUCGAAAAAACGGCCCCAUGGCGGAAAGUCAGUCAGCGGCCGGGCAGGGAGAAUCUGCGUCCCUGUGUGGGUCCGGAGCCCCCAGCUCGGAGCCUGAGACCCGGCGGCUGAGCGAGCUGCGCGUGAUAGACCUGCGGGCUGAGCUCAGGCGCCGCAAUUUGGACAGCGGUGGGAACAAGAGCGUCCUCAUGGAGCGGCUGAGGAAGGCUAUUGAGGAGGAAGGGGGGAAUCCUGAUGAAAUUCCAGUGGUUUCAGAAAACAUCAUCAAGAAAACUCCAAAAAGAAGCAGCAAAGGACGUAGACCAGAGGAAGAGGGAGUUGAAGAUAAUGGCCUGGAAGAGGAUUCAGGAGAUGGACAGGAGGAUAUUGAAGCAAGUUUGGAUAACUUGCAGGAUAUUGACAUGAUGGAUAUUAGUGUGUUAGAUGAAGCUGAAAUAGAUAAUGGCAAUGCUGUAGAUUGCGGAGAGGAUUACAGUGCUGAUAAUAUUCUUGACUCACUGUGUGAUAGUAAAGAAAAUGCUGAUGCAGAAAUGAAAGAACUUCCAGAUCAGCCUACAGAAUAUGCUGUAGGUAACUUGGAGGCAUCCCCACAAUUUUCAGAAAUUAAAGAAGAAUCAAGAGAAAUACCAGUAGUGAUGGUAGAGGUUGAAGAUACUGGGAACAGUUUAGAUGCUGUUUCAUCUGAUUUAACUGUAAUAAAGGAAAUUGAAGAACUGCCUUUGGACCCAGAAAAUGAGAAAAUACUCGACAUUUUGGGGGAAACUUGUAAAUCUGAACUACUUAACGAAGAAACUUCCGAAGUGGAGCAGCCACAUGCACAGGAAGCAAGUAACGUGGUGCCAGGCAAGAGGCUAGCCGAGGAAGAGGACGCUCUUGCUGCUGCUCAGUUGGAGGAAGAUGCUUUAGAUUUGGACAGCAAAUCAGCACAAGCUUUGGCAAGGAAGGAAGCAAAGCGUUUAGUUGUAGCAAAAGGGGAGACAAGUGAACAGACAAUAGAGGAAGAGAAACCGGACUCUGAAUCUUUAGUGGUAGAGACCCUAAGCGAUCAGAGUAGCAAGCGAUCCCAAGGCCUGGAAGUCUCUAGUGGGGAAACAGCGGAAAAAGGCGCAGGUCCCGAAGCCAAAGAUAGCAAAGAAGAUGCCAAGAAAACAGAAGACAAAGCUAAUUCUGAGGAAUCCCCUGCUACUAAAGAGUCCUCAACCAGUGAGGGCGGUGAUCAGAAAAAGAGCCCUGUUGAGGAUGCAGAUACAAAGAUAAUCUCAAAAGAUGAGAAAGGCCGCACAAGUAGCGGUUCUGGCAGAAAUCUGUGGGUUAGUGGACUUUCCUCCUCUACUAGAGCUACAGACUUGAAGAACCUUUUCAGCAAAUAUGGAAAGGUGGUUGGUGCAAAAGUAGUGACAAAUGCUCGCAGUCCUGGUGCUCGCUGUUACGGCUUUGUUACAAUGUCAACAUCUGAAGAAGCCACCAAGUGUAUUAGUCACCUCCACAGAACGGAGCUGCAUGGAAAAAUGAUUUCUGUGGAAAAGGCAAAAAAUGAACCAGCUGGGAAAAAGCCUUCAGACAAAAAGGAAGGUGAAGCAAGGAAGGAAAAAGACAGACACCAUUCUGCAGAUUCCAAGUCUGAGAAGUCUGCUGGUAUUAAAAAGGAUGAGAAGAUGGACAAAAAGGAUGAUGCUAAGAAAUCAGAGAAAGAUGGAAAGGAUGAAGGAAAAGAGAAAGAUGAACAGAGAACUGGAUCCUCAGAUCGGUCUAGGGCAAGCAAAUCAGCAAGUCGAGGAACUGAAAGGACGGUAGUAAUGGAUAAAUCAAAAGGAGAGCCAGUUAUCAGUGUGAAAACCUCUACAUCAAAAGAGAGGAGUACAAAAAGUCAGGAUCGCAAAUCUGAGAGCAAAGAGAAGCCAGAUAUUUUAUCAUUUGAUAAAAUCAAAGAACAGCGAGAACGUGAACGUCAGAGGCAAAGAGAGCGAGAAAUCAGAGAAACAGAAAGACGCCGAGAGAGAGAGAGACGAGAGCGAGAGCAGCGUCUUCAAGCCAUUCAUGAACGGGAUGAAAGACAGAGGCUUCAGAGAGAGCGUGAGCGACUUGAAUUUCAACGGCAGCGUCUUGACAGAGAGCGCUUGGAGAGAGAGAGAUUGGAGAGAGAGAGAAUGCACAUAGAGCAGGAGAGGAGAAGAGAACAGGAACGCAUCCAGCGAGAGAGGGAAGAGCUGCGACGUCAGCAAGAACAGCUACGUUAUGAACAAGAACGGCGGUCUGCGAUGAGAAGGCCUUAUGAUCCUGAUGCCAGGCGAGAUGACCCGUACUGGCCAGAGGCAAAGCGAAUGGCAAUGGAUGAUAGAUACCAUUCUGAAUUUAGUCGUCAGGAUCGCUUCCAUGACUUUGACCACAGGGAUCGUGGUAGAUACCAAGAUCAUUCUUUGGACAGAAGAGAUGGUUCAAGAGGAAUACCAGAUCGAGAUGGGCAGCAUUACCCAGAUGAACGCCAUGGAGGGCCUGAUCGUCACUCCCGGGACUCCCGAGAUGGUUGGAGUGGCUAUGGGUCUGACAGAAGAAUGACUGAAGGGAGAGGGAUGCCUCCGCAAUCCCGAGAUGGACGUGACUGGGGAGAUCAUGGUCGAAAGUUAGAGGGGCAUCAAGAUCGUUCAUGGCAGGGAAAUGUGGAUGGAGGAAUGAUGGGACGGGAUCAUGAGAGAUGGCAAGGUGGUGAUAGAAGCAUGCCUGGUCAGUCAGGACCAGGCCAUGUGAUGAAUCGAGGAGGGAUGUCAGGGCGUGGAGGCUUCACACAAGGUGGAAACCAGAGCCAGAUAAUGCAGAGUAGUGGAAUACAAGGAGGGUUUGCAGGCCAGGAUCGACCGAACAGACUGACUGAUCCCCGUUUUACCCGCCGCUACUGAAAGCACUAUAUGUAUAUAUUGUUUUUUUCAGUGGAAGAUGACAAUGGUGGUGAAUUUUAUUAGCCAGGGUCACCUUGAAAUUAAGAUUACAAAAAUCAAAACUGCUGCCAUAUUGUAGCCAAAUACUAUGUUAAUACAUUUGGGUUUUUUGUAAUAAAUGUGUUCUUGGUCAAACAUCAAAGUUUCUGUUAAUGAAACAUUCCAUUUUUCAAAAAUAAUAAAACCAAUUUACAGCUAACAGUA